AUGGCUCCCUCGAUCGACUACUUGCUUUCAAUCCAAUCCGUUCGAGAGACGAAUUCCUGCACCAGAAAGCUUCUGCUGGACGACCAGCUUGUGAAUUUCGACGUGGAUUUAUCCAAGCUUCCUGAUGCAGUGGAUUUUGUGAUAUCCACAAUCAGAGACUCGUUUCCUACAGACGAGUCCCUACUGACCAUUCCAGUUCAUGGGAGAUACCAGCAUUUUGAAUGUGGAGGAAAGAAGAGACUCACUGAGUUCAUCGACAACCAGCUGAAAGGCCAAAGCGACUACGAGAUCUGUAAAAAACUAAUUGAUUUGUUCAUUGUCAGUGUUCUUCUCGACGCAGGUGCUGGCAACCAAUGGAGGUACAAUGAGAACGGCAAUGAGAUUGGCAGGUCUGAGGGAAUUGCUGUGGCCACUUUGCACAUGUUUGUCGACGGAGUGUUCAGUGACGGUGAAAGCUACGUUGUGAACGGAUCGAAACUAGCCCGUCUAACAGCAGAAGAGCUUUCGAAAGGCCUUCAGGUGUCAGAAUCCAAUCCGAUUGCAGGGUUUGAAGGAAGAUUGAAGCUUCUCAACCAACUGGGAAAAACUCUGGUGCAAAAUCGCACCAUAUUUGGAGCUGAUGCCAGAGCAGGAAACCUAGUCGACUAUCUGAAGCAGUCGUCAAAAGAUGGUUCCAUCGACCUUCCAGACCUGUGGAACUGUCUGAUGGAAGGCCUCAUGCCAAUCUGGCCGACGGAAGGACGCAUCAAGCUCGAAGGUAAAUGUAUUGGAGACGCAUGGUAUCUCAAAAAUAAAAUCAAGGAAGCAGAGAAACUGUAUGGGCCAAAUGUUCCAGAGUCAGCAAAAAUUGUCACGUUCCACAAGCUCACCCAAUGGCUGACAUACUCGCUGUUUCUCCCAUUAGAAAAGUACGGACAUUUCACCAUCAAAAAUGCUCAUCAAAUGACGGGCCUUCCAGAAUACCGUAAUGGUGGAUUAUUUGUUGACUUUGGAGUUUUGAAGAUCAAGGAAGAGAAACUAAAACAAGGCAUCGACUUCUCGAUCGAAAAGAAUCUGGACUCAAACAUUCCUCUGUAUACACCAGAUGACGAUUUGAUUGUUGAAUGGCGAUCAUGCACUGUCUGUCUACUAGAUUAUAUUCUUCCACUCGUGAACGAAAAAUUAGGAGUUACAGGCUCCAGGUAUGAGUUGUCUCUUCCUCAGCUCAUUGAGGCCGGGUCGUGGAAAUCUGGAAGACUCAUCGCCUCAAAGCUGCGAAGCAACGGAGGGCCACCGAUAGAGUUGUUUGCCGACGGCACUGUGUUCUGA